UUUAUAUUUAGUCAGCCGUUAAUAUUUGCUUUGGUUUGGUGUCGCAGUUCGCAAUAAUUUAGCGCUUUUCAUAUCAUGGCAUGUGCUUCGGGGGGUAAAGACCCCCCUGAUAGAAACGAUCGUAUCGUAGUUAAUAAUCCGAUAGUGUUUGCAAAUGAUUUUGAUUCCUUUCAAGCUCAACUAAUCUUGUCCCAAGCUUCUACCUCCUCUAGCAGUGGUUAUUCAUCAGCCUUGACGCUUUCGCCUUUAGCUAAGAAAACAGCACAUGCUAUCGCUCAGCAUCAAUACUUCUUAGUACCCACUAAGGAGGAAAUAGAUUUAUUGGAGACAGAGUUACAAAAGCUUAAAUCUGUCUUCGUGGAAGAUCAGGAUGCCCUAAACGAAAUUGCAAGAAUUUCAGUCAACAUAAGGAGAACACUUAACCGAAAGUAUAAGUAUGAACUUACAGACCAGGGACCAUUUCUUAUCAUAAUGGAGGGAAUAACUUCUCAAGUUGGAAACAUUCACCCGAUGAAUAUUGGAAAAAUUUUGCACAGAGCUGGAGUACAAGGUAUAACAAAAAUCAAUAGAAAAGGGGCUAAUAAAAUUGGAAUUGAAUUCAGAACAUCAGAGUAUGCUAAUCAGUUUUUGUCAAAUGAAAGUUUCAGUUCUGCUAGAGGCUAUAAUAGGUACAUUCCACAACGUCUUGUCACUUGUAGAGGACUAAUCAAGGAUGUAGGGGACCAAAUUACGGAAGAGGAUUUUUACUCAGAAGCGGUAGCUUAUACAGGAGAAGGAUCCCGGGCCAGGUUGAUUAAGAUAUUAAAUGUAAAAAGAGUCUUAAGAAGGAAGAAAAUACUUGCUAUUUCUGGUGAAACAGUAAUGAAAACCAUCCCCACAAACGAUUAUAUUGUAACAUUUGAAGGCAAAUCAUUACCCCAAACUAUUUGGACAUGUCAAAAAUAAUUGUAGAGGCAAGCCUCGUUGCGGUUUUUGUACAGAAGAUCAUCUUAUGUUUGUUUGUGAAAAAAGAGAGCAAGCAAUGAAAAAAAUGAAAUGCCCUGCAGAUCAUCUUAACAAUCUGACUAAAACGUGUAAAAUUCCAAAUUGUGAAGUAAAUCCAAAACCAAGCUGCGUAAAUUGCAAGGGACACCACACUGCUACUGACUGGGGAUGUCCCGAAUACAAACGGCAAAAACAAAUUAACGAAACCAUGAGCUUCUACAACCUUUCUUUUUAUGAAGCAGCUAAACUGCAUCCACGGCUAAUUAAUGCAAACCAAGGCUUUACCCGAAAACCAGAAGAUUUUCCUAGUUUAAAUAAAAAAACUCAGAAUAAACCUCCGCAUCCAACAAGUCCUCAGGGCUGUUCCUCAUAUACAUCAGUACUUAAAAGAAAACGGCCUGACACCCAAUUUACCAAAGGGUAUGAUAAAGUAGCCCAUGAACUAACUUUGUUACCCUCAAGUGCAAGAAGAAAAGUCUCAUCUAUACAAGUAGUUGAAAACUCGACAUCAGAGUCGGAAAUGGAAGUAACUCCUGUAGGAAAUGGCUGGGAAGAAGUAUGCAACAAGUUUGAAGCUUUCAAAAAAGACGUUAUGUCAAUAAAGGGUAUGGAUGAAAAUUGUGUCAACAAUAUCAAACAAUAUUUUGGUUCAUUUGACCUACGGAGGGGGGGCGGCUGCGAUGGCAGCGGUUGACCUACAGGGGUUAGAAAAAGAAAAGAAUCUGUUCCAAUGCAUAAACACUCAUUAAACUACGGGUUACCUUGGUGGGAUAAUGAGUGCACCAACGCUAUUAAAAGGAAAAGACAAGCAUUCAGAGACUAUAAAAACAACCCCUCUGAGACCAACUUCCUGGAAUCAUUAAGAACCCGGGCACAAACAAGACAGCUGCUACGUAAGAAGAAAAAGGAAGGCUUUGUCAACUUUUGUGAGAAUCUAUCUCCAAAUACUAGUGCAAAAGAAGUUUGGAGCAGUAUUAGAAGGUUUGCUAAAGGUCGGAAGAGCAAGAGUCCCGGUGUGGAUAAAGUACCUUUCAGUGUGCUCAGCCAUCUCCCUGUUGAAGGAGCAGUCUUUCUUAUCAAAUUUUUCAACAAAAUACUUCGGAGGGAAACCACCAUUCCAGGGACGUGGAAAACCCAAAUGGUGAUCGCAAUUCCUAAACCGGGGAGAGACCCCUCAGCGUUAUCGUCCUACAGGCCCAUCAACCUAGCUUCUUGCAUAAGCAAAACUUUUGAAAUUAUGAUCAAAAACCGACUGGAAUGGUUCGUAGAGAACCAAGGUUUAAUAGACGUUCGCCAAACCGGUUUCAGAAAGGGUAAGGGAACUUUCGACAAUCUUGCAGUUAUCUCCUCAGAGGUCCUCUGCCGUUUGGCUCUCAAUCAAAUAGCAGCAAUGGUGACUUUGGACAUAUCCAAUGCCUACGAUAAUAUAAAUGUUGACUUAUUGACCUCGGUGUUGGCCAAAAUUGGAAUCGCCAGAGAUUUGACUUUGCUCAUUAAAGAUUUUCUCACGAACAGGAAGAUACAAGUUAAAGAUCCAUCUACUAAUACAUUCGUGUCAGGCAGAACCACUAGCAAGGGAGUUCCCCAAGGUUCCCCUCUUUCUCCAUUACUAUUUAAUAUUUACAUCAAUUCAAUCAAAGAAACAAUUCCUGAGAACAUAAGACUUUUACAGUUUGCGGACGAUACCGCCUUGCUGAGUACUGGGACUGAUGCCCAAACAAUAGUGAACAAUUUGAAUAGAACUUUGCAAAAUAUACAUAUUUGGUCUUUGAAUGUAGGACUUGAGAUUAACCCCAAUAAAUCUGCAGCUAUAUUUUUUUCCAGGAAGAAUUUCAAGGUUAAUUAUCUCCCCAGACUUCACCUCAACACUCGAACCAUUGCAUGGACAAAUUCCAUCACAUAUCUAGGAGUGAUUUUUGAUCCAAAACUGUCAUGGGAGUCACAAAUUAGAAAUAUGAUACAGAAAGCUUCAGGUGGGUUGAAUAUGAUGCGAUUUAUAAGUAGAAUCUGGUGGGGGGCACAUCCCUCUACCCUUCUAACUUUUUACAAAGCUUAUGUUAGACCCCAUUUGGAUUAUGGAGCUUUUUUUUUUGGGUGGUAGCUCAAGAAAGUCUAUUGCUCAACUUAACAAAAUUCAAUUUGAGGCACUGAGAAUAGCUCUGGGAUAUAUGAAGUCCACACCUACUAACAUACUUCUAGGGGAAGCAAGUGAAAUGGAUUUAGAACACAGAAGAUACAUGCUAGCGACUAAAUCAUUAUUGAAAGCUGCCAGUUUAGUGGACAGUGAAACCUUAGCUGCGGUUAGAUGGUUAUAUAUCACCUAUAAUGAAAACUAUUACUUUUUUCGGAAAAAGAGUAUUCCUGCACUUGUGGAUGCUUUUGAAAGAGUUGAUUCACUGUUAGAUACACUUUACAGGAGCCCAGUUUAUCCCUGUUUUUCUUGCCCACUGCCGAACCUUUUAAGCUCUGUUCAAAUCCAAGACUUAAAACUAAAGAAAGAUAAUAAUAACUCCAAAUUAUUUGAAAUUAAGAAGAGCGAGACUUGGACCCCAGAUUUUCAUUUAAUUUUUACAGACGUCUCAAAAGAUAAAGAAGGCCGAGUAGGUUUUGGCGUUUACAACUACAAUACGAACCUUAAAAUGGGACAAGGCCUACCAAGUGAACUAUCCAUUUGCUCUGCCGAGAUUUAUGCUAUUGGUCAAGCUCUUGAUUGGAUUGAAUUCAAGGACAUCAACAAAGCAGUCAUCCUUUCAGACUCCAAAAGUGCCCUCGAAGAUAUCAAUAAAACUGGGAUGGAUGCAAAGUCUAACUACCUAACCUUGCAGGUUAAGAAUAAACUAUUUACCUUAAUAAAAACGCAAAAUAAGGACAUCCAAUUAUGCUGGAUACCAAGCCAUACCAGUAUAAAAGAAAACGAUAUUGCGGACCAGAUCGCCAAUGCUGCACGCCUGGAACCACAGGAAAAUAUGAAAUUGAGCUUUAGGGAAUUCUUCCCUAAAUUAAAGCAUAACAUCUGGAAUGCUUGGAGCGACAGAUGGAAACAUAUAGGAUUAGGGAAAGGAGUUAAUUUCACCUCACAUUAUUCUACUCCGCCAACUAAACCCUGGUUUCAUAAGCUCGACCUGAAUAGAAGAGAAAUCACAACUAUGUGUAGACUGAGAAGCAACCAUUGCUGUUCUCCGGCUCACCUAAAUAGAAUCAAAGUCAAACUCUCCGGAGACUGUGAAUGUGGAGAACUGGGCGAUUUAAGUCAUGUGCUGUUUGAUUGUGCUCUUCAUUGGGAAAAAUCACAACAGUUGUAUGAGUCACUCAUUAGUGCUAAUUUUCCUUCGCCUCUGCAUAUUAAUUCCAUUUUAUUUCACCGCACUCAGUUGGAUUUUGCUGCUAGAAUUGUUUGCCGCUUUUUAGAUGCAUGUGGAUUAAAACUUUGAAUAUUGUUUUCACAUUUUCUAAUUCUUUCGUCCAUUUUUUUUUCCU